AUGGCUUCGAGUGAUCCUGCAAAGCCUCCGGAUGGCGAGGCCCCCUCGUAUCAUCCGUUGAAUGACCACUUCGAUCUUUCCCUAAAUGACUCAAUUUUCGAGCCUGGUCUAUGCCUUGGCCAAUUAGUCGACGAUGGAAGUCAAAAUCUUUUCAAUGAUGAAGAUGUGUAUUCGUUUAUGCCUUUAUCGGUCAAUGGGACCGCACUGGCUCCCGACAGCCUCCAGUUCGGAGAGUCGUGGUCGUCUAUUGAAGGGCUGUCGGAUAUGCAGGCUACGGCCCAUGUGCAAAAUCAAAACCAGAUGUUUACUUCGAACUAUGCUAGUCCCCUUGAUAAUUGGUCGUGGCGUACGCAGCCGCCUCUAGAUUCUGAAGUGACUCCAUCGAGCAAUCUCGAUCUCCAACAACGGCCAAUGCAUUCAUCUGCUGGGAGGCGAGGAUUACCCCGGCGGAAGAGCCGAUAUCUAAUAUCAUCGGAAGGAAGCACAACCCCGGUAUAUAUCCCGAAUUCGAGUGGCUUAGACCCCAUGCAGCGCUGGCAAGAAUCUCCACCCGAAGAUGAACCAGCGUCGAUGACGGCAAUCAUGAAUGCCAUGGAAGAGACAACGGCGUCUCAUACGGCAAGCGAUAAAAGCAAAGUCAGAUCAUCCAGUGCCUUCCAAAACUACCGUCGCGCUAGGUCUUUCACUAGCGGCGGAUCCAGUGCGUCGUCAACCGAUUCGGCAUGGUCGUCAGCUGGAACAUCUCCAAGGAGCUCGAAGCAUCGGCCUGCACGGGCCGCGGUCAGCAAGAAUAAGAAAACAGAUGGUAAGCCGCGUAUAUUCUGCUGUACCUUCUGCUGUGAUAGAUUUAGGACCCGGUAUGAGUGGGUUCGCCAUGAAAAGUCUUUGCAUUUGAGCCUGGAAACCUGGUAUUGUGCACCGCUCGGGCCGUCUGUGUUCUCUCCUGUCACUGGAAAGGAACAUUGUGUCUACUGCAAUGAGAUGGAGCCUUCUCAAGAACACCUGGAUACCCAUAACUACCGCGCUUGCCAAAAUGCCUCUAAAGAGUUCCGUUCAUUCCGCCGGAAAGACCACCUCGUGCAGCAUCUCCGACAUACACACAAGAUACAAGAAGUGCCCUUACUGGACGACUGGAAAUUCGAGACUAAAAAUAUUCCCUCUAGAUGUGGAUUUUGCGACACCAUCUUGGACACCUGGGAUGCUCGCAUCGAGCACCUGGCCCGACAUUUCCGUCAGGGAUCCACCAUGAAGGAUUGGAAAGGUGACCAUGAGUUCCCACCGGCGAUCACAGCUCAGCUCAAAAAUGCCUACCCUCCCUAUCUCCUGGGCUGGGAAUCGGAGAGCAUCCUCCCUUUCUCGGCCACUAGCUCCGACGUGCGUGAUCAGUAUGCGCAUGUGAUGUCGAAAACCACGCUCCAGGACGAGCAAGAAAGCACAGAGCCGGCGUCUUCAGGCCCUGUUAAUCGAGAUCCAACGAAGCUCGAAUUCCACAACUUCUUGGCCGUUUUUACUCGGCACCUGAGCAAGUAUGCGCGAAAACAAAUGGAAUUGGGAAUCAUCCCUACCGAUGAAAUGUUCCAGCAAGAGUCGAGAAAGGUGCUUUUUGACAGCGAAGAUGCUUGGGACCAGACUAUCGCGGACAAUCCGGACUGGCUCUCUGCGUUUCGCCGGAUGCACUGUGAAUCUGAAGAGCCGGGCGAUAAGAAACAAGAUAAACAGAUGAAUAAUGACCUUGGAGGCGAAUGA